UUUGAUUGAUCUAGUUGGCUGUACGUUUCCAAACAGAACUCCAUGACGACUCCGUUGUGAAAACAAAUUUCAGUUGCUGCAGCCGAUUACGUGUUUCAGUUUUCCUUCGCUCCCAAUCAUUAAAAUUGAUUAAAAUUCAAUAUGGAAACUGAGGACAUGAAUGACAUAUCUCAGCGAGCUCAAGAAUUGAUUGAUAUCGGUAUGAUUCGAACAAUAUUGGCAAUGAACGACCUUCUAAGUACGGCCCAAUUCAAAAUCGGUCAUUACAGUCAUAUCCAUGAAGAAGUGCAAGCGAAUGAUGUUGGUGAUGGCGAUAACGUUCCGGCACUUGCAGAAGAAGCGGAUAAGACUACGAUUGGUAAUAAACAUGUUACUGAUCUUAUUGAAAAUUUGAAGCCACAUAUUCAAAACCUUUUGGCCGAAUCGGAUGUGAUUAAAAUAUGGGUCGCAAUAAACAUACCAAAAAUACAAGGUGGAGGUAACUUAUCGUUUCUAAUUCAAAAGACAAUUUUAUAUGUGUUGACCUAUAUUCAUAAUGAAGCAGACUCAUUUUUUAAUAGGAUUAAUACCUAUUAUAAUUCAAGAGCAAAAUUGCUUAAACAGUCACAGGAACAUCCACACAUUGAGGAUUACCGUUAUAAAAUUAGGGUGAGAGAUGAAACUGAUUAUAUUGCAUUUCAACAGGUAGCUUACGCAAUUAGAAAUCAUUAUUGUUAUCUCUAUGAUGUUAUAUCAAAAAACAUUGAUAGGAUCAAAGCACCAAAAACUUUAAAUAACAGUCAAACUUUAUAUGACUGAUGAUUUGUGUUCAAUUUUCUAAAUAAAUUCUUUUGAUUUA